AUGCUGCUCCUCACCCUCCUCCUGCUCUUGGAGCUGAGCCUGGCAGGUUCCCUGGGACCCGGAAGCUCUGCUCGGAUCCUCCCGGAGAAUCACAUCAACCUCUCGGGACCAGCACUGUGGAUGCCUCAGGCCAGCCACCACCGUCGGCGGGGCCUCGGCAAGAAAGAGCAGGGCCCAGGCACACCUGGCUGGACCCAGGAUGGGGCUGUGGUCACUGCCACCAGGCAGGCCUCCAGGCUCCCAGGGGCAGAGGGGCUGCUGCAUGGGCCAAGUCCUGCAGGCCUGCUGCAGGACAAAGGUCUGCUCCGGGGGCUGACUCGGCCCUACCCCGAGAAGGAGAGCCGGGCUCCAGGGUCAGAGAGGGUGAAGAAACGAGGCAGGGAGCACAAGAGACGGAAGGAGAGGUUGAGGCUGCACAGAGGCCGAGCUUUGGUCAGAGGCCCCAGCUCCCUGAUGAAGAAGGCGGAGCUCUCAGAAGACCAGUCCCCGGAUGCUUCGAUGGAGGAAUCCUCCACCAGCCUGGCCCCCACCGUACUUUACCUCACCACCUUUGAGGCACCUGCCACCGAAGAGUCCCUGAUCCUUCCCGUCACAUCCCUGUGGCCCCAGGCUCACCCCAGGCCUGAUGGGGAGGUGAUGCCCACACUGGACAUGGCCUUGUUCGACUGGACUGACUAUGAAGACUUAAAGCCUGAGGUCUGGCCAUCCACAAAGAAGAAAGAGAAACACCGCAGCAAACUCUCCAGUGAUGGGAAUGAAACAUCACCGGCUAAAGGGGAGCCCUGUGACCAUCACCAGGACUGUCUGCCAGGGACCUGCUGCGACCUCCGGGAGCAUCUCUGCACGCCCCACAACCGAGGCCUGAACAACAAAUGCUUUGACGACUGCAUGUGCGUGGAAGGGCUGCGCUGCUACGCCAAAUUCCACCGGAACCGCAGGGUCACCCGGAGAAAGGGGCGCUGCGUGGAGCCCGAAACGGCCAACGGCGACCAGGGGUCUUUCAUCAACGUCUAG